AGAGUUUGCGUGUACGCUCGCGUCUAGUUCGUUGCGUGUCGGUCGUCUUCGGUUGCGGUCGCAGUUCGCCCCAUUAUUUUUGUGAGGCCCCCGCCCAGCUCCUUGCGUACCCAACAAGUGUAGGACGCGGCGCCCGUCCCUCAUACGGUGACUCGCGCCCUUACUUUACACAACUUCUAGAGCGCUCCGCGUGUACUUUCAGUUGCGUGUUUGAAACUUUUCGAAACUUUUUUUUGGAGUUCAUAGGACUUUAGUGGCGUGUUAAGAGGUGUUUAGCGUAGAGCUGGCGUCGAUGCACCUUCCGCACGCGAGCCCCACAGCCCCCACCAUGGCGGAUGUCUACUCCCACAUCCACGAGUACUACAGACAGAGUCACGGAGACCUGGUGCAGACCGGGUCCCCAGCAGUUCUGUGCUCGGCGCUACCUGGACACUGGCGGUCUAAUAAGUCGCUGCCUCUGGCUUUCAAAGUGGUCGCGUUGGAUGACGUUCAGGACGGGACAAUAGUUACGAUCAAAGCUGGAAAUGAUGAGAAUGUGAUGGCCGAGAUGAGGAACUGCACGGCGGUGAUGAAGAACCAAGUGGCCAAGUUCAAUGAUCUGCGUUUUGUUGGCAGAAGUGGUCGGGGGAAGUCGUUCACUCUGACCAUCACUAUCAGCACGUACCCUAGCCAAGUGGCGACGUACAGUAAAGCUAUCAAAGUGACAGUUGAUGGACCCAGGGAACCCAGGACUAAGCAAAAUUAUGGUUACGGUCACCCAGGAGCAUUCAGCCCAUUUCUGCUGAAUCCGGGAUGGUUGGACGCGGCGUAUCUCAAUUACGCCUGGGCGGAUUACUUUAGGCCUCCCCAGCUUAGAGACCAGACAGCUCUUCUCAAAGGAGCCGCACCAAUGACUUCACCACCGAUAGCAUUGCAAGGACCAGAACUAUUUCCAUUUCCGCCAGCCAUAACGAAUUUACCCCCAGCUGGACUACUACCACCACCAGGACCAUUUCUUCCACCAAAUGGACUGCUGCCAUUCUCUCCACAUCCAGCGGAUCUGGCAUUAAAAAGUCUGCCUCCAGAAUUAACCCUGAAAAAUGGAAUUAAUCCCUAUGAUGCCCUGAGACAUUUGCAAAGUAGUGUUUCUUCAAUUGACAAUUCUAGCGCUCGUUUAUCACCAACCAGUAGUCGGCAAAGUGGAAGUCCACGAAGUAUAACUAAUGCUAGCCCAAAGUCAAAGGCUGAGUCUAAAUCUGAAGUGAAUUCAACGCAUGAUGAAACAAUAUCUGACGAGUCUGACGAAGAACCCAUUGAAGUUGUGAAAUCUGCCUUUCAUCCAGCGCGACCAGCUAAUAUUGAACUCCAAGAGAUGAAGCAGGUUCAAGCUGCAGAUUCUACCGUCGCAGAUAAACCGCGAACACGCAAUGAGCUGAAGGCUCCCUCAAGAACAACUCGCAUACUGUCAACAAGUCCAACGUCGACAAAACUUACAAAUGGAACGUUAUCAAGUCAUAAAUCAGUUUGGCGGCCAUAUUGACAUUUCUAGUACUAGUGUUAUAUCCGUGUUACGCGGACUUAUUGAAAUGUGAUACACCGAGCUUUGUACAUACUAUAGAAAAGAUAUAUUUAUUGUUAGCAUAGAUAAUGUAAAUUUAGAUUUCACUACAUAAUGUAGUUUAUUAACGUUACGAAAUUAUUGCAAUUAAUAGUUAAUUUGUUUUAGGUACUGUUGUUAUAGAUUUUAUAAUUACCACGAAAGAGUAUUUCAUUAAUCUUGUAAAUUACCAUCUAAUGUAAAUAAUAGGAAAUAAAAUGUAAAUAAUGAACGACUGAUAUUAUAAACAUUGAAUAUUACUGUAAAUAUAAAAGUUUAUUUAUUGAAUAUUAUUGUACAUUUGAAGGUUUUAUUAAAAGGUAUGUA